GUCGCUGUGCCAUGCGGUGUUGCAUGACCUCGGUGGCAAGAGCGUUUGCGUGUGUCCGUGCCAUUGGGGGAAGGAAAGCCUGCUGGUGUAAGCGCGGCGUUGUUCUUGUUGGAGACCAGUCCGUUGGCAAGACAGCGCUUGUUUUGCGUUAUCUCAAGAACACAUUUGAUGAGAAGGUCGAGACGACCAUUGGCAUGGAUUUUCAGACAAAGACUGUGCAGCUGCUGAAUGGAAGUCCAAUAAGGCUGCAGCUCUGGGAUACGGCUGGUCAGGAGCGCUUCCGCAGCCUGGUGAGUGGCUACAUCCGGGAUGCUGCUGCAGCCAUUGUUUGUUACGACAUCACCAGUCGUCAAUCCUUCGAGAGCACCACGCAGUGGAUUGAGGAAGUGCGGCAGUCGCGAGGGGAAGAAGUCCUUGUGUACCUGGUUGGGACCAAAGCCGACCUAGACGAUCGUAAAGUCUCUCGCGUGGAAGGUGAGGCCAAGGCUAUGGAGGUGAAAGGUCAGUUUGCUGAAACCAGUUCGCGGACUGGAGAGAAUGUACAAGAACUCUUCAAGCAACUGGGCGAGGCAUUGGCGCAGCGCAGGGGCACAGGUCCUGCCCGUGCCAAGGCCGAGGAAGGUUUGCAGCUCGGCGCGGUCGCAGAAGAGCGGAAGAAGGGCUGCCAGUGCUAGCGCUCCAAGUCGAGCAACGUUCCUACAGGAGCGGCAUCCUUGUGCCAACACAUCGACGUUUGGCAGCCCUCCGGCCCUCCCUUCUUGCAUGACCGUCUUUGCAGCUGGCAGGUCCCCACAGAUUUUGCUUGGAGAUGUGUGGGGGAGAAUGCCAUGGCGAAAGCCACGGGCACAAGGCCCGUGGCAUUUAGCAUCAAGUUUGACCACGUUGCACUUGCCACCGGCUUGGUGCUCCUAACCAAGCUAUGAAUCUCAAUGAUAGGUCG